AUGAAUUCUCAGCCUGCGUACGUCGGGCAAUGGGGUGGAAUGGAGGUCCAGGGCAACUACAUGGAACAGCCGAUGCACAGCAAACCCCUGUACUCGUCUGAUCGCGGGGUGCAGCAGCAGCAGCAGCCGUUCGUGGAGGAGAAUGUCAAAAAUCUCAGAAACUCUUUCAGUGCGUUUCCAAACUCUUCCUCAGCACAGCCGUAUGCCGAUCCUACCAGGACCUGCGGGGUUGGGAUUCUCUUCGCAGAGGUCGUAGACAUGUACUCUCACCCUCAUGUCAUUGUGAAGGAAGUGUACGCUAACGGUCCAGCGAGCCACAACGGUAAAAUUCAACCAGGAGACAUCUUGCAAGCCGUCAACGACGUCAACGUGUCAGGAAUGCUGUUACCUCAACUACGGCAGUACAUCCCAGAAAGAACCCGUGAGCUGUAUGAGGUCAUACUCGAGAGAGGACCUGUCAACUCACAGAACGCUCCUGAUAUGCAUCAAAGAAGAACUGCAAGCUCGUCCAAUGACGACUCGGGACAACUCGACGCUUACAAGGCAAGCCGUCAAACCAUGUUGGUGUUUGUGAACCCCUCUCAGGACAUUCUUGCCAUGGUGGGAUUUUCCGUUCAACGAAGCUCCAACGGACAGAUGAUUGUCGCUAAUGUGACUCAGGAUUCAUCGGCAGAAGAGCAGGUGCUGCAGUUCGGAGAGAUUCUUCUAGAGGUCGACGACCAGCCAAUCCAAGGACAUCUCAGCGAGAAUGCUGUGCGGCGAAUGCUCUCGGGGAGGGUCGGGAGCAUGGUCAAAGUAAGAACGGACAAACGUGUUGCUACCAUUCAGCGCGAUUGCGCAGCAGAAUUUGAUGAGGAGGAGCGAGUCUUGGAGUACCCGGGGUCCUACAUGCCUCAACAGCUACCUCAGGCCCCCGGCAACUGGAUGCUCAACAACAGCAUGGAGCAGCACAUGCGACAAGCAAGCGCUCCCCUCCCUCAACAAGUUCAGACGCCCAGGCAACCGCAGUACAUCACCACCAAGCCCCCGCAAAGAGAGUUCUUGCAGACAAGGCCGGUGCUGAUGACAAAUCAAGCUAUGCCGUCCAAGCAGAUCAACUACAUCCAGACCCCGCAAGUGACCGCAGUCACUCCUCGCCAGCGCAUGCCGCCUGUCAUAUACUCGAACAUGCAGCAAGGUGUCGCCGCCAAUUUUACGAGCCAGGGAGCAAUGCUUGCACCUCAAGCCGUCACAAGCUAUGCUGUGAACCGACCCAACGUGGCGAUGAGCAUGGGAAUGCCUGUUCCUCCCACCGGCAUGUACCCUCAGUUUCAGCAGCCGCGAAUGGCUUUCCGCAACUUCUGA